UGAUAUAAAGUAAACAUAUUUUCAAAUAUGAAAGAUUUUUGGGGGCAUAGUUUGAACAAAUUUCCCGAUAGCAUUAUGUCACAGGUUGUGUGGAAAUAGGUUUUUGAAGUAGAUGGCUAUGAAUCAAGUUUGGGGAUUGUUGGUGGUGUUGGUUUUCUUCAAUGGAUGUUUCAUUGAGGAGCAAAGGCACACCUGCGCUCAAGCUCGGAUUCCUAGAUCCAAGAAGCUGAUGAAUGCUAGUGUUGUUUCAAGACCAGAAGUUGUAAAAAUUGGGUCGAUUUUGACUUUUGAUUCGACCAUAGGCAAAAUUGGCAAAAUUGCAUUAGAAGCUGCAGUAGAAGAUGUGAAUUCUGAUCCAACGGUUCUUAAUGGAACCAAGCUGGAACUAACCAUUCAUGACUCAAACUCUAGUGGCUUUGUGGGUAUCAUGGAGGCUUUACAGUUCAUGGAGAGUGAAAGUGUGGCGUUAGUAGGUCCAGAAUCAUCAGCCUUAACUCAUAUGAUUUCCUAUGUAAUAAAAGAGCUCAAAAUUCCACUCCUAUCUUUCACCGCCACCGACCCCACAUUAUCCUCACUCCAAUACCCGUUCUUCAUCCGUACAACUCACAGUGAUAUUUUCCAAAUGGCUGCCAUAGCAGAUAUAAUCGACUACUACGAAUGGCGUGAAAUUGUCGCUAUUUAUAUAGAUGAUGAUCAUGGGAGGAAUGGAAUUACUUCAUUAGCAGAUCAAUUAGCUUUUAAGAGGUCUAAGAUCUCUUACAAAGCGCCUAUCAAUCCAGAUGCAACCCGUGAAGACAUACACGAUGUUUUGCUUCAAGUUUCUUUCAAGGAAUCCAGAGUUCUCGUUGUUCACACUUGCACCAAUUGGGGAUUAGAUAUACUUGAUGUUGCUAAAGAACUUGGAAUGAUGGAUAGUGGGUAUGUGUGGAUCGCAACCGAUUGGCUUUCUACCAUUAUAGACAUAAACUCGCCACUCCCCAAAAAAUCGAUUGCUUCUAUGCAAGGAGUUAUUACAUUAAGAUCUUACAUAAAAGAUUCGCAACUUAAAAGAAAGUUCGUUACCAAAUGGGAAAACUCGACAAAACUCGGUUUGAGUACGUAUUCUCUGUACGCAUAUGACACUAUCUGGCUGCUUGCUCGUGGUCUUGACGAUUUCUUUCAUCAGGUUGGAAACAUUUCAUUCUCGAAAGGUCCCCAAAUGAAGGACUCACAAGGCACAUUCGUGAAUCUUGAUUCUUUGAGUGUUUUUAAUGGAGGGAAAGCCUUGCUUGAAAACAUCUUACGAGUACAAAUGAAUGGAACAACGGGACCAAUCGAGUUCACUUCUGAUAAAAGCCUGGUUUUUCCGGCAUUUGAAGUUAUUAAUGUGAUUGGUACUGGCUUUAGAACAGUUGGGUAUUGGUCAAACUCUUCACGAUUGUCAACUUCUCCUCCAGAAACACUCAACACGAACCUUACAAACCAAUCUAGUUCAUCUGAGCUGUUGUACAGUGUAAUUUGGCCAGGUCAAACUGUUAAAAAGCCUCGUGGAUGGUUUUUUCCACAGAACGGAAAACAGUUGAAAAUUGGGGUUCCAGUUCGAGUCAGUUUUCAGGACUUUGUGGAGGAAGUCAAGGGGACUGAUAGGUAUGUGGGAUACAGCAUCGAUGUGUUCAUUGCUGCAGUAAAACUGCUGCCAUAUGCUGCCCCGUAUACGUUCUAUUCUUAUGGAGAUGGUCAUAAGAAUCCAGCUUACACUGACCUCGUGAGCUUAGUAAACGCUGGUGUCUAUGAUGCUGCAGUGGGUGACAUUGCUAUCAUUAGUAACCGGACACGUAUGGCGGAUUUUACUCAGCCGUAUAUUGAAUCUGGGCUAGUUGUGGUGGCACCUGUCAGGAGGGUAAGCUCUGGGACUUGGGCAUUUUUCAGGCCUUUUACUGCUGAGUUGUGGUGUGUUAUUGGGAUCUGUUUUUUAGUUGUGGGAGCAGUUGUUUGGAUUCUAGAACAUCGCAGAAAUGAUGAAUUUCGUGGUACUCCUAGACAACAAGUCGUCACAACCCUAUGGUUUAGCUUUUCUACUUUAUAUUUCUCUCACAAACAGAACAUGACGAGCAGUCUUAGUCGUUUCGUGUUAAUUCUAUGGUUGUUCGUGGUUUUAAUAAUAAGCUCAAGUUAUACGGCAAGUCUCACCUCAAUAUUGACUGUUCAAAAACUAUCGUCCCCUAUUGAAGGGAUAGAUAGUUUAAAAUCAAGCAAAGAUCGUAUUGGGUACCAAGAAAGUUCGUUUGUCCGAAACUAUUUGGUGGAAGAAAUUGGCAUUUCGGAAAAUAGACUUGUUCCUCUUAACUUGCCGGAAGACUAUGAAAAAGCUUUAAACGAUGGUCCUCAAAAUGGUGGUGUUGUUGCAAUUGUUGAUGAACGUCCAUACAUUGAACUUUUCCUUUCGACUCGUUGCCAGUUCAGCAUCGUUGGUCAAGAUUUCACCAAAAAUGGAUGGGGAUUUGCCUUCCAACGGGAUUCACCACUUGCAAUAGAUAUAUCGAAUGCCAUUCUCAAACUAUCUGAAACGGGAGAGUUACAAAAUAUCCAUAACAAGUGGCUACUGCGGAGUGCUUGCAGUUCACAAGGAGCAGAGUUUUCAGUUGACAGGCUCGAGCUAAAGAGAUCCUUCUGA